AUGCGGUCUCUUUCUGUCGCCGUCGCCGCCUUCUGGGCUGGCGUCGUCUGCGCCAUGCCCACCUCUGACUCCUCAACCUCCGCUCUCGCCGCCCGCAAACCCGCCAAACCCGCAGUCCUGCCCAACAAAUUCAAGUGGACUUCCACCGGCCCCUUGAUCGGCCCUAAGGAUGACGGCCGCGACCUCGCGGGCCUCAAGGACCCCACCAUCAUCGAGAUCGAUGGCACCUACCACGUCUUCGCCAGCACGGCCAAGGCCGAGGGCUACAACAUGAUGUACCUCAACUUCACCUCCUUCGACGAGGCCGGCUCGGCCGACUACUACUACCUCGACCAGGCGCCCCUGGGCGUUGGCUACCGCGCGGCCCCGCAGGUCUUCUACUUUGCGCCGCAGAAGCUGUGGUACCUCGUCUACCAGAACGACAACGCGGCCUACUCGACCAACCCGGAUAUCAGCAACCCCGCCGGCUGGACGGCCCCCAAGACCUUCUACACGGCCCGCCCGCAGAUCAUCAAUGACAACAUCGGCCCCUACUACUGGGUGGACAUGUGGGUCAUCUGUGACAAGAAGCGCUGCCAUCUCUUCUCGUCCGACGACAACGGCCACCUGUACCGGUCUGACACGGCAAUCGCCGACUUCCCCGAGGGCAUGAGCGAGCCCGUCAUCGCCAUGGAGGACCCGGACCGCUAUAAGCUGUUCGAGGCCGCCUGCGUCUACGCCGUCAAGGGCGGCAAGGGCAAGCAGCAGUACCUGAUGCUGAUCGAGGCCAUCGGCACCGACUCGCAGCGCUACUUCCGCUCGUGGACGUCCGACAAGAUCGACGGCAAGUGGGAGCCGCUGGCCGACACCGAGGAGAACCCCUUUGCGCGCGCCAACAACGUCGAGUUUGAGAACGGCGAGGCCUGGACCCGCAGCAUCAGCCACGGCGAGGUCAUCCGGAGCCUGACCGAUCAGACUCUGACCAUUGAUGUGUCGGAGCCGCUGCGGUUCCUGUACCAGGGUCUGGAUCCCGCCAAGGACGAGGGCGAGUACAACGCGCUGCCGUGGCGUCUGGCCUUGCUCACGCAGCAGGUGGAGCCAAAGCCCGGCCCGGGCUGCAAGCCGCGCCCGUGA